CUGCAAUUAAUCAGCUCUGCAAGACUUUUAUUUUGAUAUGGCGGUGUGACGUCAUAAGGCUGCGCCGUGCUCCUGCAUCUGUGACUCGGUUGAAGAAAGGUAUUUUAAGGCCAUUAUCACUCUGACUCCCUCACCAGUGUGCUGACUACUGAACUAGGGAGCUGAUUGAGACGCACCCAGAGAUUCACUUUGCUUUUUUCUUUCUGCUAAUUAUUUUCAUCUUAAACAGGACAAACUGUUCAAACACAGAAAAACUCCUGGUAAAGCAGCUGAGAUCCACGUGACCCACUAUUAUAAAUAUUGUGUUUAUUAAAGAGGAGAGUGAAGACAUGAAGAUUGAAGAAACAUUCAGAGUCAAACAUGAAGAUACUGAGGAACAAAUAAAGAUUGUGUUUAUUAAAGAGGAGGGCGAAGACAUGAAAAUUGAAGAAGCAUUCAGAGUCAAACGUGAAGAUACUGAGGAACAAACAGGGCAGGUGUGAAUACAGAAAUCGCAUUCAGGUGCGCACCAAACAACCGCACCGAAACCCAGCUGAAGAGGUGGUUUCGGUCCGCUUCCAAACGAACUCUGGUCAGGUUUGUUUAAGACCUGAUGACAGUGAAGGAGGAGAGUCGAGAUCUUACUGAAAGGGAAGAGAACAAUAUUAAACAUGAUUCCAUAACUGGAGAAGAAUAUUUUAGUUGUUUACAGACUGAAAAGACUUGCUCUCAAAAAAGAGCUCAGAAGACUGGAACUACAAGUAAUUUCAUCUGCCAACAGUGUGGAAAGAGUUUUAGAAAAAACGGAAACCUUAAAGUCCACAUGAGAAUUCACACUGGAGAGAAGCCUUACACCUGCCAACAGUGUGCAAAGAGCUUCCCACGAAUUGAUAGUCUUAAGAGUCACAUGAGAAUUCACACUGGAGAGAAGCCAUUUGUAUGUGGUCUAUGUGGAAAACGUUUCUCACAUAAAGCAACCUUUUAUAGUCAUAUGAGAAUUCACACUGGAGAGAAGCCUUACACCUGCAAACUGUGUGGAAAAACCUUGAAUCAAAAAGCAAAACUCAAGAUUCACAUGAGAGUUCACACUGGAGAGAAACCUUUCACAUGUGAUCAGUGUGGCAAAUGUUUCCCAUAUAAAGAAAGCCUUAAUAAGCACAUGAAGAUCCACUUAAGAGAGAGCUGUUUUAUAUGUCAUCAGUGUGGAAUGAGUUUCACAGACAGGAAUCACCUUAAGAGGCACAUAAUGACUCACAUUGGACACGAGCCUUUUAUGUGUUAUGACUGUGGAAAGAUUUUCAUAAAAAAAGCAAACCUCAAGACUCACAUGAGAGCUCACAUUUGAGGAUAGAUUUUCACCUGCCAACAGUGUAGAAAGAGUUUCAGACAUAAAAAAAAACUUUCUACCAGUGGUGUUCUGAAACGAGGAGGCAAAGUCCUCAAAGUUUUUUUUUACAUUUUUUUUUAUCAAAUGUAAAUUCAUGUCCCAGUCACAUUUUCUUGGUUAAAUAAACAUUACUUAGAAUUUUUUUUCUUUUCUGUUAGUCUAUUUUAUAUUUUUACAUCAAGUCAAGUCAAGUCAAGUCACCUUUAUUUAUAUAGCGCUUUUACAAUACAGAUUGUGUCAAAGCACUUAACAGUAUCAAAUUGGAGGAUAGAGUGUCAGUAAUGUAUAAUGAUAAGAUUAAACACUCAAUUUUCAGUUAAAGGCAUUUCAUUAUUGAAUUCAGAGAUGUCAUUGUCUAGCUCGGUUUAGUUUAAAUAGUAUCUGUGCAAUCAAAUCGGCGAUAAUCGCUAGAAAUUAAGUGUCCCCAACUGAGCAAGCCAGAGGCGACAGCGGCAAGGAACCAAAACUCCCUCUGUGACAGAAUGGAGAAAAAAAAAACCUUGGGAGAAACCAGGCUCUCCUCUGACCAGACGAAACCCGCAGUUCAAAAG